AAGUAAACCUUCCUGGAAACUAUUAUGAAUAAAGAAAAAUAAGCUCCCCACAACACAAGUUAUCAGCCUAGCACAACCCUAAUUUUUCAGCGCCGCUUCUUCAAUCAAAAAAUUCUGCUCCGCUUCUUCCAUCGUCGGAAAAAGAAGAGGGAGUGGAGACACAGAGAAGAAAUUAAACCCAAUUGCCGAUCGCAAACUUCUUCCUUUAUCAAAGCAAUCGCCGGAAAGGGAACAGAGCAGACGGAGGAGAAGCUCGCCGCCACGACUCAGCUACAUCCCUUGUUUCAGCCGCUCACUUCUAGCGUCUACUCCCUUCAGGUUCUGAUCCACUUAUACAAUCAAUUAAACAUCGGUCAUGUGCAUUUAGAAUAUAAAAAAAAUUCCUUAUUAGAUUUUCUCUAUACGUAUAAGAGCACUGGUAAUACCCCUCACGCCCACCGGCGUUACGGGGCGUUUAACGCCCCGGGGGCGUGAAACACCGCCCUGCGCCGGCGUGAAACGGGCGUGAGGGCGCCUGCGUCAUUCGUUUGACGCGGCGUGACUCUUGCGCGGCUCCCUCCUAACGGCUAAAAAAGCCGUUGCAGCCCACAUUUCAAAUUUUUUUUUUCUUAUAAAUUCAACCCCCAACCAAUCUCUCACACCUUCUCUUCAAUCUCUUCCUCUUUCUUAUUUUUAAAUUUCAAAAUUCAAACCCCCCCUCCCAAUUUUCAACAUGAAUCCUUCCGGCUCCGGCUUCUUUCCCGACGAUCUCCCGCCCGUCGACGCCGCGAUGUGGUAUUACCAAGAGUUGGGCGAUCGACCGCCGAUGUACGACACGCAACAGUCGGGGUACGUCGACCGAGAUUCGGUUCUGGAGACUCAACCGGAACCGUCCGGAUCGAAAAAAAGUACACGCCGGAGGAGCCACAAAGCCAAAAGCACGUUGACCGAGGCAGCAUGGUCAAUCCAAAAGUGGACGCCGGAGGAGGAGUGCAUAUUGGCGUCGGCUUGGGUUGACGUCUCCGAGCAUCCUAUCAUUGGUUAAAAAUUUAUUUUUUGUAAUAUAUUUAUGUUUUUAUUUUUAUAUAUUAUAUUUAAUGGUGUCUAAAAAAAUUGUGUAAUACAU